AUGUCGAUGUCCAGGAAACGUACUCCUCAGGACUUCCUGUUUAAGGAACAGUUGGGCCAUGGCUCUUAUUCAACAGUGUACAAGGCAGUGGACCGGUCCACUGGCCAGGUGUUCGCUAUCAAGGUGUGCUCGAAAAAACACAUCAUCAGCGAAAAGAAGGUGAAAUAUGUGACGAUUGAGAAGAAUACAAUGAAUCUUUUAGCGAACGGGAAUCAUCCGGGGAUCAUCAAACUCUACUACACAUUCCAUGAUCCGGAAAACUUGUAUUUCGUGUUGGAUCUAGCGCCCGGGGGAGAGCUUUUGCAGCUCUUGCAGACGCAGGGACGGUUCAGCGAGGCGUGGUCUCGACAUUUCAUGUGUCAGCUGGUGGAUUCGCUCGAGUACAUUCACAGUUGCAAAGUCGUGCAUCGGGAUUUGAAACCGGAAAACUUGUUGUUGAGCAGCGAGGGACGGCUAAUGAUCACUGAUUUCGGGGUUGCGUCGAACCUGGACUCGUCGAACGAUAAUCUGUCGUCGAGCUCGUCGUUUGUGGGGACCGCAGAGUAUGUUUCGCCGGAGCUUUUGUUGCAGAACAAGUCCAAUUAUUGCUCAGAUGUGUGGGCCCUCGGGUGCAUGCUGUACCAGUUUUCGCAGGGCACGCCGCCAUUCAAGGGUGAGAACGAGCUAGCAACGUUCGAGAAGAUCGUCAACCUGGACUACCGCUGGAUCUGCUCGGUAUCUCCGCUUGUGAUGGACUUGGUCUCGAACAUUCUCGUGAUAGAUCCCGCAGUCCGAUACACUAUACCGCAGAUCAAGAAGCACGCCUGGUUCAACGAAGUAGACUGGAACAAUAAGGAAGCAAUAUGGAAGGGCAUAUGGCAGGUGUACAGGAAGUCUGACCGUGUACCAGCUAAUGCCGCUCCAUUACCGGCAUCAUCGCCAUCAUCGCUGAUCGCCAAUAAACAGCUGCAUGUUAUUGAUACUCCAAUAAAAAACAUACCGAUCCAACCAAGGAAAAGGAAACCAAUGAAAGUAACACAAACAACAUCUAGCAUCGUGGAAUGGAGGAAAACCCUCGGGAUCGCCCCAGUGGCAGGCUCGAUAGGAUCGAACGGAUUACCUAAAAGACCGAAAACACCAGUAUCCCACCAGCAACCUCGUCCUCCACAUUCCAACCCCCAGUUUCACGUCGCGCGUCCACCAUCACAAGAAAAACUUACUAGUGCGAGAAAUACGGUCGGAGCCAACUUGCACUUAGUUUCCCCCAAAGCACCACCUAUUACCCCUGUAUCGCCGUCCCGCAAUUCAUCAAAUACUUUACCAUCCCCGGUAAAAUACUCAAACUCUAAAAGACCUUUGACUCCUCCAACCUCACCCACACCGCUAAAACAAGGCUGGGUUAAGAUCUUGGAGAUUCCAUAUAUUGCAUCCCCUCAAAAAAUAUUCUCUCAUAAGGAGUACUCAUUCAUCGAUGACAAGCUAAUUACAAAGUUUAUCGCAGAGGAAAAAUCGCAUAUCGUUAAAGAGUCAAUGUUGUGCCUACUAACGCUGGAACCCAGCGGUCAAUUCUCAUACACCCCAAAGGGAGGAGCUACAAAACAAAUGAUAUCUAUUAUUGACGAGGAGCUAUCAAUUUACGACUUAGAAUUUAACGAAGCCAAAAAUUCCGGAUACUUAAUAUUUGAAAAGUUCAAAUCCAUAUUGUGGCUCAUUGCAUUACCCAAAAGCGCACCAAAUGACUUUACUGUAAACUCAGGCAAAACCUGGAUUAGUAGCUUGUUUAAGAUCAAGGCAAUGCUUGAAUCAGAAAAGCUAAGCAAAAAAGUGGAUAACCUAUCUUUAAAAUCGGAUUCUACCCCAUCAUCUGCUAGCUCUCCUUCGCCCCCACAGUCACAACCACCGCCGCCACCAACACCCACAUCAUCAUCAUCAUCGUCAUCUCGCCAUCCAAAGGCCUCGAAUAAUCGCAUGUUUGUGUCUAGUAGCAGAGCAGAGGUGUUGUACACUUUGAACAGGGGUAGGAAUGGUAGCACGGAUGCGGCCAAUGGAGCAAGCGCUGCAUUCAAAAACAUGCAUAGUGAAAGAGCAUAA